AUGGAACAAGAUCAGCACGGACGUCGGAGGAGCAUACGCAUCAUUGAAAAGACACUGAAAAGCGAAGCCAAUACAGAGAAAACACCGGCUUCAAGUUCCAAGAAGAAAGGCCGUCAGCAAAGUGCUCUUGUCCAUACGAGGGUACAGAAGAAACAAGCCAACACGGGGAAACAAAAUCCUUCACGACGGACACAAAAGCCUCGAGCUAAUACAUCAAGACGAGCACCAAAGAGGACGGCACCGCAAGAGACCCCCAACGCAGCCAAACGUGGCCGUCCAAAGGAAGCACAGGGAGCAGCCAAUACAAAGAAGCAACCUAACCAGAAAGAAUACCAGCAUAAAAGGAUACGUCCCUCGACCAAGACACAGAAUAAGCGGAAGGCACAAACACCAGAACCAUCAUCCUUUAGCCCAGAACCGCAGUCCAAAAAGCAGCGUCAAGAGCAGAACCCCCCAGUUCCGGAUGACCAGGAGUUGCGUCUAGAAAAUCCACAAAUCGAGGGGGAUGCUGCCGUAUAUUACUGGAUCACCAACGGAACUUGGCCAAAAGAAAUGCCUCAAUCUACCCCUAACACCCAGUUAUCAAAUGUCCACCUUGCUUCUAGGCCUCCAACCAAUCCUCUAAUGACACAAACCAUCGAGCCAACAACAGGGGCCAAGUCUCAACCCUAUGCUACAAGUGCCUGUGAGAGAUACCUUGAGUCUAAAGGCAGCUACUUGAAAAUUGAGUAUGGGGUUGCAAAUAGGGUUGCAAACGAUGAUAAAAGACUGUGCCAAAAUCUUCUCAAAAGAGAUGGAUAUGAAACUCCCAGUGGCACGGCAUUCGAGGAUAACGCUUGCGCCUAUGUUCGGGAGCGAUUAUCAGAUGGGAACGAGACCGGAGUCACUCGAAUGAUCAGUCAAUGGAUUGUUCCUUCAGCUGUCCUUGAGAUGUAUAGUGGACGACUGAACUCUACUCCGAGUUUGAUUGAAAGUAUGAAUCAGCCUUGGAGUUGGUCAACUUCUCUCGAUGAAGAUCCGAGCAUACGACGAAGUUCAGGGACAAAAGAACCGAAUACAUCUCUCCCAGCACCACGACCAGACUAUGCCGUAGGCUUUUCACAAGGUGCAUUUACCUGCAAGCAGAUUCGCAAGCUCAAGCCAUUACUUGGAGAACCCGACGUGACUUCUGUUUGCAAGGGCAUAAAAGAGAUGCUUUUCCCAUUUCUGGCUUGCGAAGUAAAGUCCCCUGCAGGUAAUCUCACAGUUGCAGAAAGGCAAAAUGCUCACACACUGACUCGAUGUCUCAGAGGUGUCGUUGAGCUUUUCAAUUCACUGGGGCGCGUGAAUGAAUUACACCGGAGAAUUCUUGGUUUUUCUGUCUGUCACGAUCAUGAGACGGUGAAAGUAUACGCUCAUUAUCCUGUGGUUGUAACUGGAGAGCCGAUUUCAUAUCGUCAUGAAUAUAUUGAUGUAUGGAACUUCAUUUCAACGGAGCACAGGUGGAGGUCUUACAAAUUUGUAAUGGCCAUCUAUCAUGAUUGGGUUCCAACGUAUUUUGCAUUACUUUGUUCUGCAAUUGACCGUUUACCGGAUAUUCCUUCAGACGUUGCACCUCGCCGGUCUGUGGUUCAGCCCGGGAGCCCAACUGACCAGGAUUCCUCACGGGGGGAAAAUACUAAAAGGAAGCGUGGCAAUCAACCUCAGCCAUCCAUUGGACGAAAGGCUUCCAGAGGUUCAAAGAGGUUGAAGGAAGGACACUAA